AUCCCGCCUGUUCUAGAUUGCAGGGACGUUCUGAGAAUGGAAGUGAACAUUCCCGCCUGUUCUAGAUUGCAGGGACGUUCUGAGAAUGGAAGUGAACAUUCCGCCUGUUCUAGAUUGCAGGGACGUUCUGAGAAUGGAAGUGAACAUUCCGCCUGUUCUAGAUUGCAGGGACGUUCUGAGAAUGGAAGUGAACAUUCCGCCUGUUCUAGAUUGCAGGGACGUUCUGAGAAUGGAAGUGAACAUUCCCGCCUGUUCUAGAUUGCAGGGACGUUCUGAGAAUGGAAGUGAACAUCCCGCCUGUUCUAGAUUGCAGGGACGUUCUGAGAAUGGAAGUGAACAUUCCCGCCUGUUCUAGAUUGCAGGGACGUUCUGAGAAUGGAAGUGAACAUUCCGCCUGUUCUAGAUUGCAGGGACGUUCUGAGAAUGGAAGUGAACAUUCCGCCUGUUCUAGAUUGCAGGGACGUUCUGAGAAUGGAAGUGAACAUUCCGCCUGUUCUAGAUUGCAGGGACGUUCUGAGAAUGGAAGUGAACAUUCCGCCUGUUCUAGAUUGCAGGGACGUUCUGAGAAUGGAAGUGAACAUUCCGCCUGUUCUAGAUUGCAGGGACGUUCUGAGAAUGGAAGUGAACAUUCCGCCUGUUCUAGAUUGCAGGGACGUUCUGAGAAUGGAAGUGAACAUUCCGCCUGUUCUAGAUUACAGGGACGUUCUGAGAAUGGAAGUGAACAUUCCCGCCUGUUCUAGAUUGCAGGGACGUUCUGAGAAUGGAAGUGAACAUUCCGCCUGUUCUAGAUUGCAGGGACGUUCUGAGAAUGGAAGUGAACAUUCCGCCUGUUCUAGAUUGCAGGGACGUUCUGAGAAUGGAAGUGAACAUUCCGCCUGUUCUAGAUUGCAGGGACGUUCUGAGAAUGGAAGUGAACAUUCCGCCUGUUCUAGAUUGCAGGGACGUUCUGAGAAUGGAAGUGAACAUUCCGCCUGUUCUAGAUUGCAGGGACGUUCUGAGAAUGGAAGUGAACAUUCCGCCUGUUCUAGAUUGCAGGGACGUUCUGAGAAUGGAAGUGAACAUUCCGCCUGUUCUAGAUUGCAGGGACGUUCUGAGAAUGGAAGUGAACAUUCCGCCUGUUCUAGAUUGCAGGGACGUUCUGAGAAUGGAAGUGAACAUUCCGCCUGUUCUAGAUUGCAGGGACGUUCUGAGAAUGGAAGUGAACAUUCCGCCUGUUCUAGAUUGCAGGGACGUUCUGAGAAUGGAAGUGAACAUUCCGCCUGUUCUAGAUUGCAGGGACGUUCUGAGAAUGGAAGUGAACAUUCCGCCUGUUCUAGAUUACAGGGACGUUCUGAGAAUGGAAGUGAACAUUCCGCCUGUUCUAGAUUGCAGGGACGUUCUGAGAAUGGAAGUGAACAUUCCCGCCUGUUCUAGAUUGCAGGGACGUUCUGAGAAUGGAAGUGAACAUUCCCGCCUGUUCUAGAUUGCAGGGACGUUCUGAGAAUGGAAGUGAACAUUCCGCCUGUUCUAGAUUGCAGGGACGUUCUGAGAAUGGAAGUGAACAUUCCGCCUGUUCUAGAUUGCAGGGACGUUCUGAGAAUGGAAGUGAACAUUCCGCCUGUUCUAGAUUGCAGGGACGUUCUGAGAAUGGAAGUGAACAUUCCACCUGUUCUAGAUUGCUGGGACGUUCUGAGAACGUUUUACUAUGGUUCCCAGAAUGUUGUCAUGGGAUGUUUUAUUAACCUAUAAUUUGCAUUCUCAGAAUGUUAUUUAAAAGGUAAUUAAAUGACGUUUUGAGAACAUAUUUCAAUAACACUUAACACUGCUAGCUUAGUUUGGGUUACCUGUUGUGAUCUCCAAGCACAGAUAGGACAUAGGGGUAUUAAUCAUGAUGGCACUGCAUCAAUGUGACUAUAACCUAUGAUCUUCUGCUCUCUAUUCCUGGAAUUAGUCCACUGCUCUGUUCAUUUUAGUCUAUUCAAACAGACUCCAUUUCAAAGUAAAUAAUCACUCAUUAAGAUCAGGUGUGGUCAGUUAGUGGGUGCGGCAAACGCACCUGAACACACUUAACAAGGUAGGAUAGAGUUUUGUUGAUUGGAGAUUCGGGAAGUGUGUUGAAUGAGGUCCAGCGGUGAGAGAGACGAAAGAAGCUUUCGAAAGAAGGUUUUCCGACACGAGUAGAAAAGAGGCCGGCUGGAGAGUUCAAAGAAAACACGGAAGAACACCAAGUCUUACUACUCAAAGAUAAAGGAAGAAGAAAACCAAAAGGAAUGGAGAAAGAAACUGAAAAAAAGAGGCACCGAUUCACCCCUGGAGAUGAGGAUCUUAUUAUUUCAGGGGUACUUGUGCACUGGGAGGACCUCUUCGGCGCCCAGGCCCACAUUCGCCCCCGGGGGUCAAAGACGGCAACCUGGAACACCAUCGCUGGGACCUUGACCUCGGCUGUGGCGAGAUGUGGUGACGAUGUCCGGAAGAAGUACAAUCUCAUACGGAGCCAAAUCAAGCAAAAGGUUUCUUCUAUCCGGACAUUGUCUGGUGGGGGGCCCAACACCGUGCCGGCGCUGACCGACCUGGAGCAGCAACUUUUCUCCCGAAUGGCAGAGACCGAAGCUGGUGUAGUGCCUGUUGAUUUGGGAUUUGGUCUCUCUCAGGGAGAAAUCUCCAGCUCUGGUCCCCCACCAACACCAGAGGGAACUGUGGAGUCAGCUUUACCCUCUGUCACCAUGGAGGAGCUACCCUCCACCUCACCAUCAACACCUUGGCCAGCACCAACAGUGCCACCCCAACCCAUCACCUCCCGUCCUGCACCAGCUCACUCUGGCUCUGCUCCCCAACCCAUCACCUCCCGUCCUGCACCAGCUCACUCAAUCCACUCUCAAUCAAUGAAUCAAAUUUAUUUUAUAAAGCCCUUUUUACAUCAGCAGUUGUCACAAAGUGCUUUACAGAUACCCAGCCUAAAAUCCCAAAUAGCAAGCAAUGCAGAUGCACUCUCUGGCACCGCACCCCAACCCAUCACCUCCUGUCCUGCACCAGCUCAUUCCAUCCACUCUGGCUUUGCUCCCCAACCCAUCACCUCCUGUCCUGCACCAGCUCAUUCCAUCCACUCUGGCUUUGCUCCCCAACCCAUUACCUCCUGUCCUGCACCAGCUCAUUCCAUCCACUCUGGCUUUGCUCCCCAACCCAUCACCUCCUGUCCUGCACCAGCUCAUUCCAUCCACUCUGGCUUUGCUCCCCAACCCAUCACCUCCUGUCCUGCACCAGCUCAUUCCAUCCACUCUGGCUUUGCUCCCCAACCCAUUACCUCCUGUCCUGCACCAGCUCAUUCCAUCCACUCUGGCUUUGCUCCCCAACCCAUUACCUCCUGUCCUGCACCAGCUCAUUCCAUCCACUCUGACUCUACACCCCAACCCAUCACGUCUGGCUGGACACCACAAGGCCCCCAAGCCAUUCUGCUCCAACAAAUCCUGGACACACAAACGCAACAAAUCCAUGCUACACAGACCGCCCAACACAUCCACCAAGCUCUUUAUGAUUUAUUAGAAAAAGCACAUGAAACACAGAAGGCACACCUGGAUGUGGAGAAGAACCGGCUCCAGCUGGAUAGAGAGCGCUUGAGGGUGGAGACAGAGCGCCUGCAGGUGGAGAGGGAGCGCCUCAAGAUGGAGAAGGAUCGCCUGGGGGAAGGGGAGGCGCUUCGGCAGCUCUCUGUCUCUGGGUCAGUCGCCCUAGAACACCAGACGCCUGUGAGUUCAAGAACUGCCAGUGCCUCAGCCACCUUUCCUCUGGGAACACCAUCAGCCUCCAUGUCCAGUCCCCUCACAUUAAUAUCACCUACUGCACCACACUUUGAUUCCCCAUUCCCAUUACCGGUAAUCACAACCCAUUCCACCCAGCCAUCACAAACCAGCCCUGCCCCAACCUCUCCUACCUUAACCAGCCCUGCCCCAACCUCUGCUACCUUAACCAGCCCUGCCCCAACCUCUGCUACCUUAACCAGCCCUGCCCCAACCUCCCCUGCCUUAACCGUUCCUGCCCCAACCUCCCCUACCUUAACCGUUCCUGCCCACUCUCUCAUCCCUCCAAUCUCCAGAUCUGUUAAACGGCGAGUUCAGGAGACAGUCCGGCCUUGGUCUGCACCCACUGCUAAGAAUCAAAAACAUCAAUAAACAAAUAAUGUAACAAGUUUA